CCCCGCGCUCCGGCAUGGCCGCUGCCGCCGAGGAGUCCCGGCCUCCCCUCAGCCUCUGGGAACAAAUCUGCGCAGAAUAUGAAGCCGAGCAACCUCAGCAUCCUGACAGUAUUAAACAAAAAGAAGAGCCCGCACUUAUCAUUCAGGCUCCUCUGGAUGAUAGAACUCUGGUACCUCUUCAUGUAGAUGAAGGUGAAUUGGCAGUGGCUGAGGACGUGGUUCCUUCAGAGCCCCCUCCUCCCCUUGUGCUACCACAGUCACCCGAACUCCCCUGUCUGAAGACAUGCUCUCCAAGAGAAUUUUUAGAACAUUUUAUAUUUCCAGUCCUUCUCCCAGGAAUGACAGAACUGUUGCAUCAGGCUAAGAAGGAAAAAUGUUUUGAGAGAAAAAGGACAAAAUUUAUCGCUCUUGAUUUCUUGACUGAAUGGUUGUACAAUCACAACCCAAAGAGGAAAGAUGAGCCGUUUGUAGAAUUCUUCGAGAUCCCUUUUGUGAAGGACUGGCUGAGGGACCAUCCUAGGCCACCAAUCCCAAUAUCUCUGCUGUUAUCGGAGGAGGAGGCAGGCAUCAUAAUUCAGUCGUUUUGGAGGGGUUAUCGGGUCCGCUGCGAACCUGAGGUUCAAGAAUUACGUCAGUGGCAGAAGCAUUUGAGAGAGACAAAGAACAUUACAAAAAGGGUGCGAGAAUUCUGGGUCAGACAAGAGAAAAAAGUGGGAGCCAAGAUAGAAGACUCAGUACAGCCCUCCCCAAUUCAAUCAAAGGUCUCAGUAUUGGAACUUGUCCUCGCCCCUGCCCCCCAAAUCACAGAGGAGGAGGAAGAACAGCUGGAUCUAGACUGAAAAUGUUUCUAGGCCAUCCCCAGUGGCACAGUGGUUGGGCGAAGAUUCGUGUGUUGUUUUGACUACUAUGUUGUCAUCCUUUUUAAAAUCCCGUCAGCCGCUUGGUAGAGCAGUUAAGAAUUUUUACCUGUGUCCGAAUGGUGAGACAGAUGCCAAAGUUGCCUAAACUGGUUGCUCUUUCAAAGCAGACCCUCACCUCUGACGGAAGAAUGAGCCAGUUGUCAUCCCACCUAAAUAUCUGCAAAUCAAGCUGAGCUUGAUCCCAUCAACUUCAGUGUGAUGGACAGAAUUUGGAUUAACUUCUGAACGGAUGCUGUGAAUUGGGUUGGAAGUGAUCGAUGAGUCAGGCAUCAGCUGAAGUUCUGCCUGAGUUAGUGCUGUCCUCUUUGUAGGAUGCUCGUAGGGGAAAUAAAGGCCCAUUGGUCACACACAAGAAUUUCUGGUAGAAGGAAUGGAAGCCUGCAGGCUUGGUGGUUUUCACCCUGCCACCUCAAAGUAAUAAGGCUCAGAAUUUCACUCCAGCUGUUUUCUGCUGCUCCCCUACUUAAACACACCCCAAUGCCAAGAUGCUGUGAUUUAAACAAACUGAGCAGAACCGUUUGUCCCACAUUAAUACUUUUGCAGGGAUAACAGCCACACACUUACAAAAACCCCGGCCAUUACUCUUAAAACAACUUAAUGCCUCCUUUGGUCACCACAAGUGCAGCAUCAGACUGAAUGAACAAGAGAUACCCACAGUGCCCAUUCUUAGCAACUGGAAACCUCUCAUCUCGAGGAACCAGAGCUGCAGAACACAGAACUCGGUGGCAGCUGGUCCCAGCAGACUGGACACGAGAUCCACCACCACUGUUCUCACAUGCUGAUGGUUAAAACUAAGCCAGUCCAAAUGACCACAACAAUGUAAGUAAAUAGUAAAGCCUUUAUUUUUGUUUGUUAAGAACAGCAUUUUGAAAAUAAAAUGUAUUUGCCCAUGCUUUACAACAUUUUUUUUAAAUCUUGUAUAUUUAUGUACAGUCAUUAUGGUAUACAUUGAUUGUCUUGAAAACCCUUCAAAGAUGUACAAGGUUAAAGGUAUGCCUAGUCAGCAGGGAGGGAAAGGGGUACAUUAUAAAACGCACAUUAAUACAUUUAAUAAAUACAUAUUAUCAAAAAUGAGACUUGGCUCUCAUAAAUUAAUAAAAAGCACCUGCCGUGUGAUCUGGUAAGAUGGUACUAUAGCCUGAUCUGUCCUGGUUUU